AUGACCAAGUUCUUUGAACUGGAAGUGAUAUGUUCUUGGGAGAAAGCUGAGGCCAAUGCCAAGGCUGCAGAAGGGAAGAUACAUAAACAUAUGGAAAAGGUAGGCUGGAAGGAUAUCCCUGCUCACUUAAAGGAGAAGCCUAUGACAGCUGCAAAGCUCAAAGAGCUGCACAAAAACAAGCACAUUUACAUCCCUUGUUAUACCUGUCCUGUCAUAACUUGCCAGACUUUCAUGGAUUGCAAGCCUAUUGAGGUAGCCAUCACAAAGGAUAUGAUUGGUGUGGUCAAUGCUGUGUUUGGAGCUCCCAUAGGCCAAGUUGAUUCAGGCCUGCUUCUCCAGCAUGGCAACAUCUGGGUGGAUGUCUUCUAUGAAGAAGGCAAAGAAUAA